AUGGAGAUCCUUGGGAUUCAAGAACAUAGGAUUGUCCACCAGGAGCCUAUCAAGAUCGAAAAGUUCAAGGAGGGGGUUAGCUUGGUAACUGUUUCAGCAUGGAGGAAUGGAGCAGGAGCAGCCACUGGUGGAGUGGGCUUUCUGCUGACUAGAAGAGCAUACAGCGCAAUCAGCCUCAUUAAACCCUAUGGCUCAAGGGUGCUGACUAUCUCUUUCAACGGAAAUCCCAGACUCACAACUAUAACUGCCUAUAGUCCUACCGAGGCAGCACUAGUUGAAGAAGCGGAGGAUUUCCAUAACACCCUUAGACAGGCUAUGAAUGAUGUGCCAGCGCACCACCUGCUGAUCACAGAGGGAGAUAUGAACGCCCGGCUUGGAAAGGAGAAUGAAGAAGACUCCCGUUGGUACUUUCAUACUCGUACCAAUUGGAAUGGAGAGCUACUGAGAGACACUGCCCUGGAGUGCGAUAUGGAAAUUACCAAUAUCCGCUUCAGAAAGAAGUCGUUGGGAUCUGAUCACAGAGUUGUAGUGUGUAAGAUCAAAGUUAGCUUUAGGAAAGGACACAGGCCUCCGAAAAAAGUUAACUAUGAUUAUAGUGCCCUGAAGUCGGAUGGUGAGCUUCAAAAAAAGUAUGCAAUUGAAGUUCGGAAUAGAUUCUCUGGCCUGGUAGAGGAGGAUGAUGGGGCCACUGAAAGCUACGGGAAGCUUAUGGUUGCUAUUGAGGCGGCAAACAAGAGCCUUCUGCCAAAGAAGACUCGACAAAAGCAGAUUGACCCCUCAAGUGACCCAAGAGUGGACAGUGCAAGGAGGGGACUGUUCUUGGCCAAGGACCAAUACCAUCAGGAGCCUUGUGAAGAGAAGAGAGAGGAAGUCGCCACUAAAAAGGAUUUGUUAAAGGCCUGCUACAAAGAGGUAGAGGAGGAGAUCCUGAAAGGAAAGAUCAGGAAAGUUGAGGAUACUGCUGAUCGUUGUAAGAACAAGGAAAGCUGGAAGCUUGUCAACGAUAUUUCAGGGAGGACAAAUCCCAGCUGUGGACUCGUGGAAGGGGGCAGCUCAACAGAACGUCUUGAGAACUGGAGGAAGCACUUCUCUGGGUUACUUGGACAGCCACCCACAGUCCCUGACAAUAGUAUUCCGAUCAGGAAUAUACACCCUCCACUGAAUAUAGAGGAUGGCCCGUUCACCAUUGUGGAACUACGUCUUGCCAAAAAGCAGAUAGUAGAAGGCAAAGCUUAUGGUGAUGAUGGUAUCUCACCUGAAGUGAUGAAGAGGGUGGACAUCGAUGACGUCAUCCUGAAGUUCUGCAACGAUGCAUUAUGUGAUGGUCUCAUGCCCGAUCAAUGGAAGCUCAGUAAUAUUGUUCCUGUGCCAAAGAAAGGGGACCUCACUAAGACCGACAACUACAGAGGAAUAUCUCUGACAUCGAUAGUCAGUAAAACUCUGAACAAAAUGUUGCUGAACAGGAUGAAGCCAAGUCUUGAGGAAGUUUUAAGGGACAACCAGAAUGGCUUUAGACCUGGGCGCUCUACAACAUCACACAUCCUUGCUCUACGAAGAAUUAUGGAGGGUGCUAGAGCCAAAAAUCUUAAGGCCACCAUGGUUUUCAUUGAUUUCAAAAAGGCGUUCGAUAGUGUGCAUAGAGGUUUGCUCAUGAAGAUAUUAAAAGCAUAUGGCAUACCAGAAGCCAUAGUGCGGCUCAUUGAGGGUAUCUAUACGAGCACAAAGGCUAAAGUAGUUACAGCCGAUGGUAUAACAGACAUUUUUGAUAUCCUGGCUGGAGUACUGCAAGGAGACACUCUUGCCCCGUACUUGUUCAUUAUCGUGAUUGACUAUAUCAUGACAGUGACUAUAGACGAUGAUGACUCGGACUCUGGGUUUACUCUCAGGCCUGCACGGAGUAGAAGGAUUGGUGCCGAGAAGAUCGCAGACGUCGAGUUUGCAGAUGAUGUUGCCCUUAUCACUGAUACCAUUGAAGGGGCAAAACUACUCCUGGACAGGCUUGAGAAAGCAGCACUGAGUGUUGGGCUAGCCAUGAACGGCUCUAAAACUAAGUUCAUGACUCUGAACAUGACAGAGGAGGCGAGUAGUCUUAAUAGCUGUUCUGGAAACCAGCUGGAAAAGGUGACAGACUUUGUUUACCUUGGAGCUUGGAUAGCAACAACAGAGAGGGACCUGCGGGUCAGAAAAGCUAAGGCUUGGGCAGCCUGCCACAAGCUAAAGAAGAUGUGGAAGUCUGACCUUAGAAGAGGACUAAAGAUCCGUCUAUUUGUUGCUACUGUGGAGUCAAUACUUCUUUAUGGUUCUGAAACGUGGACGUUGACAGAGCAAUUGAAGAAACGCAUUGAUGGCUGCUACACUAGAAUGCUAAGGAUGGCACUUAAUGUGGAUUGGAAGCAGCGAAAAACCAACAAAGAAGUCUAUGGCAACCUACCGAGAGCAACCAUGAAGAUCCAAGAGCGCAGGAUGCGACUAGCAGGCCAUAUCCACCGGCACCCAGAACUAGUCGCAAACCGCUUGCUACUCUGGGAACCAACUCAUGGGGUGCGGAGUAGGGGGAGACCAGCCAUGACCUAUGUUGAUAGCCUACGAGCUGACACGGGUCUCAACGACACUGGAGAAAUGGGCGGACUUAUGGCGGAUAGAGUUUUAUGGAGACAGCGCAUCAAUACUCGGACGCUGAAGCCGCCUUAA